AUGGCAGCUGUGACGAGGGAACAGAGGUCAGGUGCGGAAAGGGGAAGAGUGUCUUCGCCGAUACACAGGAAUGUGACGUCGUCGCCCUCGGCACGAAACAAUGGAGAGCUGCCCAGAUCAGCCUCCUACACAUACUUGGGUCCUGCCAAAGAAGGCGCAUACGAGCGGUACGGUCAGCCCAACAUUGUAGAAAUCAGGAUUCCGCCUGCCAACCACGUCGCACACUCGAGCGACACCUCAGACCUCUCACCACCAAAGACCCUCGAGCCAGCCACAUCCGGGUGCCCCACGCCCGAUGAGCGCGCGGGUGCCCUUGCACCACCCCAGGUCUUCAACAUCAUUGAUCAGAUACGAGAAGGGAAUGCGGAGGGCCAGCGAGCUCAGCGUACCGAGGACAAUCGAAGCAGCCUCGAGUCUUCCAUAAGGGAUUCUCGAACCAGUCUCGAGUCAAAUCAUACAGUCUCUACAGCGGCAAGCACUCCGGUCUCCACCCAAAGGCCCUCCAUCAGCACCAAGUCGUUUUCGCGCCCGUUUUUCAAGCGGCAAUCAUGGCACCAGUCGACCUCGUCAACACCGUCUCGCUCACCGUCGCCGGUCAAAGCGGCCAGCACAUUCUCGUCCGAUGAGGCUAUCGCAGAUAUCGAAUCAAAUCUGGAGCAGCUUGAAGGCGGCCGGAGGAAAUCGCUCGUGCGAAGACUAUCGGUACGGCUGUCAAAAGAUGGCAGACCAAAAAAGGACAUGUCAAGCUCGGGAGAUGAGGACAGCGGAAAGCCCGGAACUCACAAACCAGCUUUCUUGCGAAGAAGAAGCUCACGUUCAGGCUCUGCGAUCCCCAAAGUCACGUCCUCCGAAUCUGCAUUGCCACAUGUACCUCCGGUUCCUGCUCUACCCAAGCUGCCAAAGUCGUUUUCGACUGAUCGCUUGCCCGGCCUCCGAAUGGGUAAUGUCACGACAGAUCGAGCGGCGCCAGUGCCCAGGAUGCUCACCCCAGAUAAGGAGCACAGAUCAAAUCCACUCUCGAUCAUGAGGAAGAAGGACGAACUAUGGGGUGUCUUCCGUUCCUUGGACGCUGAUCAUGCAAAGUUCUCCGCAAAGUCCUCGGCAUUCAAAGCAAACGUAGUGCGAAAUUCACUGAUUCCAUUUCUGCGGACAUAUGCUACACAUCCAUCAAACAAGACCCUCCGGCCCGAAGAUUUAGAUCGCAGGGCGAACAUAUUGAACAAAUGGUGGACUGGUCUCAUUGAACUGCUUCACGGGAGGAAUAACCAAUCCAUAUCAGGCACAGAUCGGCCAGUCAUCUUGGACGGCGUAUCUGGAAUAAUGGAACGACCAGAAUGGAGGCUCUCCCCGUCGCCUUUCUGCCCACUCAGUGACCGUGUCAAAAUGUCAGUGGCCGGGAGCCAGUCCAGCACAUCUUUAGGCUCCAUGUCUACCUCGUCGGACUUUCUCUCAGAGUCAGUACACCACAACGUUCGCAACAUCUUUGUUCAAAACUUGAGCUCCCAAAUGGCUUUUGUGGUUGACAAAAUGUCAUUGCGGCAAGCUUCUGCCAGCCUGGUGGCAUUUUGCGGCAAAGCGUGUGCGUAUGCGUUCAUGUUCGUCCCUGGAAUGGCCGAUGUUUUGGUCCGCCUGUGGGACCUCUCCAUGGACACUAUACGUCGCGUGUUGUCCGAAAGUGGAAUCGAGAAAUUUGAUCAAAUGGACGAAAUCAGCGAUCAGCUCAACAACUUCCCGCCGGCUCUGCAUCAACUUGGGUUCACUUCUUUGAUGAAGCUUGUACGCCGAUUAAGAACGCCGCCGCCUCUGCCUCUCGGAACCUGUCACAUUGAUUGGUGGGGUCGCUGGGUAGAUCGAUGGAGUGGACGCGAGAGCGAUCUGUUCUACGUGUUCGUCAAGCAGUUCCAUGUCCUCACGACUGAGUUUUUGAGCCCCGAGUCGACAGGAAAGCAACAGAUUUGCGCGCCUGGCCUUCUCCUUGUACAUUCACAAAUACUGGCCAAUCUCGAUGACACGAUUCAUCGCGAAGCCAACCAAGCGAGCCAUGGCGCCGCUGCCUCCAACUCGUCCACAACAUUUGACGAACUUCUAGGCGACGUUGACGCCACGGCAUCGACAUUUCCAAUACUACAAAAUAAUGCUGUAAGACUAAUGGCCGAGAAUAGGCUGAUAAUGUUAAUUCGCGACUUUCUUUCCGAUCGAACCUCGGACCAUCCGAUCGCAAGGGAGCUGUUCGCACAAUCUUUCAAUCGCUUGUUGCAGGCUGCAACCCGGGGGACGUCAAUGUUCGAUCACAACGCCUGCUACACUCUGCUCGACUUUCUUGAGGAGGCUUUGGUGAUCCUCGUUCGAUAUGAACAGUUGAGAGACGAAGGCUCCUUGAUCGAUUCGGCUUUCUGGCAAAUCGUCUGUCGGCGCAUGAUUGAUAGCGAGAAUACGAUGACCGAGAUCCGUCUAUACGCCUUUUUGCACACAGUGUGGAAUGCGCUGGUACCGGACAAGGGUCGCAAAGCCGAACUGUGUUURAACGUCUUGCUGGAUCCUGAGGUGUUCGAGAGCAGGUUCAAUCAUUGGUGUCCAAUGGUACGAGCGUACUUUAUGCGUUUGAUCUGCUGGCGUGUGGGACGGUUUGACGGAGAUGAAGAUGGCGAAGACCUGGACAUUCUGGAGAUCAUGCGGGAGAGGUUACAGACGACAUGGUCACACUACGUCUUCCUGUGCAACCAGGCGGAGCGCGACCAUGGAUUACUUCCGGUAACAGUCCCAUGCAAUCCAGCGCCAGGUCGUAGACUUCUCAUAGUGCGGACCGACAACCAGGUCACGCACCACAAUACGUUCCUCUCCUUUGAUGGCAUCCUGCGCGCCGGCGAGUCGCCGACGCAAUCCAAAGAGCCAGCCUGGAAGCGGGCGUCCAUGGCAGCAACUCUCAUCGAUACCAUGGAUAUGCGGCCAGGGUCAGCUUCCUCGUCUUUCGUUGAGUCCGAGUCCGAUUCGCAGGAGAAAGGCAUAGGUGGCUUUCUCCGCAAGAUGAUGGGCGGCAAAGCGAAGCCCAAAACGCAAGGCACCAACAAACGCGUCAGUUUAGAAGACCAGCCUAUACCUGUCUCUACGGCAUCACAGGCCAUCACCGGAGCCGCCACGACCGAUGAAAAUUCCUCACCAUCUGACACUCCUACGAAGCCAAGCUCGGCUCAAGCUGCACCAUUCCGAAGUCUCAGCUUCAAGUUCUCGCUCGAAUUUCAACCUAGCAGCAAAGCUCAAGGACCUUUGCGUCUUUUCCCACCACGUCUCCCACUGGCAGCGCAGCUUUUCGUCCAACGUGCGUCGACGAAGCCCAAACCAGACGGCACGACUUUUCCGAUGCAACCUACUGGUGAGAGCGCGGUUCGGGCGAGAUAUUCGGGGCGUGCUCUAGCCGAGUGGGCGAUCGUGGUUGGAGAGUGUCAGAGCUUCUUUGAGAGGAGGAAGAAGGAGGGUGUACCCAGCGAGAAGCAGGUGGAGACACCAACGCUCGGGGUGGAAGUUUUUAAGAGACCUGGCUGA